AGUAAUCAUCGCCAUAAUAACAACAGUAAAAGAAGCAACAAGAUUGUUAAUAAAAGUGUAUUUUGGGAGAGAAAAGAUUUAAAAAAAAAUAUUAAAAAAAACACAAGACAAGAAGCACAGGGAAGUGGGAUUGUUGUUGUUGUUGUUGUUCGUCUGGAUCGGGUUGGCUUUAGGGCUUUGAAUGCUAUCUGGGUAUCCUUUCUGAGGCAAUCAAGCUCCAAAGCUGAACCCUUUCUCUAGAAUAGCAUAGCAAUGGUAGAACACGUGUGUUUCCUCUACAAGGAAAUUCUUGUCAUGAAAACUCCAAAGAGAUCACCAAUGUUACUAAGGACGGUAGUUGUUAUGUUUUCGAUGAUCUGUGGCAUUUUUAUCUUCUCUGUAUGUCUGAAGCAGAUAAGAACCCACGCUAGGACUAAAUUUAUAGACUUGAAAAUCAUUGACAACCCUUCUCUUAGUAGAUUGAAGCUAAUGAAUGCUCCUCACCUGCUACAUUAUCCCAAACCUGUAUCCUUUAGCAGGAAGGAGUGUGCUCGUAAUCCUGUACUGUUCUUUGCUAUAUUGUCCAAUCAGAGAUCGGGUAGUGGGUGGUUUGAGACCCUUUUGAAUAGCCACAUCAAUGUAAGUUCCAACGGGGAGAUAUUUUCUGUUAAAGUGAGAAGGCAAAACGCUUCUUCAAUUCUGCAGACUUUAGAUAAAGUUUACAAUUUGGACUGGUUCAGUAGUGCUUCCAAGAAUGAGUGCUCUGCUGCAACUGGCUUGAAGUGGAUGCUUAAUCAGGGACUGAUGGAGCACCAUAAGGAAAUAGCAGAAUAUUUCAAUCAUAGACGUGUUUCGGUCAUAUUUCUCUUUCGAAGAAACUUACUACGCAGGAUGGUAUCAAUGCUAGCCAAUUCAUAUGACCGUCAUGCUAAGCUAUUGAACGAAACACACAAGGCUCAUGUACACACUACCAAAGAGGCUGACAUUCUUUCAAAGUACAAGCCUAUCAUAAAUUCUACAUCAUUGCUGGAUGACUUGAAGGAUAUGGAGACGAGAGCUUCUAAGGCUUUAGAAUACUUCAACAGCACUCGGCAUAUGAUCUUGUACUAUGAGGAUCUUAUGAGAAAUCACACUAAGCUAAAAGAUGUGCAAGAAUUUUUAGGAUUGCCACAGAUGGAGUUAAGAAGCCGUCACGUUAAGAUCCAUAGAGGACCAUUGUCUGACCACAUUCAGAACUGGGAUGACGUUAAGAAGACGCUUAGAGGAACCGUUUAUGAGAGUUUUCUUGAAACUGACUAUUAGUCGUAUUCUAACUGCUGGAGAAAGGUGUAAAUAGCAUACUAACGUCGCUGAUCUUUUGCCCAAGUAAAGCCUCAGGGUUCCAAAGUUUUGGUUUUGGUAUUGGUAUUGGAACAUUACCUCAGUGUUCCGAUGCCUUGUUUUGUCACACCCUCUCAUCAUCUAACACCGUUUAUGAAACGAAUGCCUCUUGUUCCUCUGUAGUCUUUUUUGUUUCCCCUUUCGUUAGUGAACAUGUAUAUGCCUUUGCCAGCUAAUUGAUUUAAGUGUAGAUGAGCAUUGUUUUGUUCAA